AUGGCGCUGGCUGUUAAGUGGAAUGGAGUACAGCACUCCCUUCUCAAGGCUCAUCGACGAUACAUGCACUCAGACCGGCGAAAUUCACAGCUGAAGUCUGCUCGCCACCUCAACGACAAACCCAUAUGGCCUCAAAGCCCUUAUCCAUCACCUAAUGAGAUCCUUGCGGUAGAGCCCGGAAUGCCUUACUCGAAAAAGCAUUUCUACUGGUUGGUGAAGUUAUAUCAUCCUGAUCAUUACGUCAUGGGCGACAAGGACGUGGCCCAUAUACCACGGGCAACCAGAAUUGAACGGUACCGCCUCGUAAUCGAAGCCAAUAAAAUACUAAACGACCCAGAAAAGCGAUUGCUGUAUGAAAAAUAUGGCGUCGGCUGGGCAUCACCUAAUCAGCGAAGUAGACAUGUGCCUCGCUCGUCUGAUUUUGCUGAGGCCCACAACACAUACAGAAGCCCGCCAUACUCCCAAAACCCCCAGCCGGAGCGGCAGUUCCCGAUAUUUGCAUCCAAUACGGUAGUGGCAAUCAUUCUUGUCGCGAUAGCAAUGGCUGGCGCUGUCGUGCAACUCGAGCGUGCCCGAAAGGCUCAGUGGGACUACAAGAAGCGUGACCUGGCUCUACAAGAGGCAAUCAGUAGAGACCUUCAAAACUUGGCAGAAAGACUUGAAGGAAAACCGAGAGACAUGCGAAUACUGGAAUUUCUUGCACGGAGAGAACUCAGUAGCUUGACUACACGAGACGCAGCAUUUCCAGGAUUUGAUCAGGAUGAUAUGAUUUGUCGUCAUUAA